CUCUGUGUUCCCCGCGCCUUAACGCAAGCGUAAAUUCAGUAGCGGGACGAGCGCCGCUUGCAGCCGCCUGCCGUGGCCCCGGGAGCGCGUUUUGGGGACUCGGCCCCUGAGGCGACUGAUGGGCCGCCCGGGGUGGCCGCAGGUGCCGGGCGGGGCUGGGCAGGCCCGGGGCCCCCGCGCCGCUCCCCCGAGCGCCCGGUUCCUCUUUGACCCUCCUCUGACAGGGGCUGGCUGGGCCCGCCGCCGCGCGCUCCUAAGGCUGCCGCAACACGAUGAGUAUUUGGGUGUUUCAGAGAAAUGGUUGUUAGACCGUGACAAUUUUUUUUCCUCUUAAGGUUUCCAGUAUUUUUCUUAUUUUUUUUUUUAAAAAGUGUUUUGCUUUAAAAGCUCCAGCUGGAGGUUUCAAACGAAAGAACACAGCCUUAAGUGUUCUGUGAUCCCAUAGCCUUGUUUAUGUAUGAUAGAUAUUUUUUUGUUCACGUCAUCCUUGUACCAAGAAGAGGAGAAUGAGUGGAGCUGCAUUUCCAUCUCCAGCUGCUGAGAUGGCAGAAAUUAAUCGCCUUCAGUAUGAAAUGGAAUACACCGAAGGAAUCAGUCAGCGCAUGAGGGUCCCAGAAAAACUCAAAGUAGCUCCUCAAAACGCUGACCUUGAGAAGGGCAUCCAAGAAGGAUUUCCAAAUGCCAGUGUAACUAUGCAGGUUCCAGAGCGGAUUGUAGUGGCAGGUAAUAGUGAAGACAUUCCAUUUUCCAGACCACCAGACCUUGACCUUCUUCAGUCUACUCCAUUCAAACCGCUGGCAUUGAAAACUCCUCCCCGUGUUAUUUCUCUUAGUGAUCGACCGCUAGAUUUUUUGGACCUAGAAAAACCUCCACAGCAAACACCUCAAAAUGAAGAGGUACGCUCAGUGGGAAGACUGAAGAGGGAACGUUCCAUGAGUGAAAACGCCACUCGACAGAAUGGCCAGCUGGCCCGAAAUGAUUCCAUGUGGCACAGAUCAGAUACUGUUCCAAGAAAUAAAAUGCCACGGUUCCAGUCACGUCUUUCUACUAAGGAUUGCACUGUGACACCAUCACUGCAACAGGCUCGUGUCUGUCCUCCCAAUAUGUUACCUGAAGAUGGAACUAAUCUUUACUCUGCUCGUGGCAUUUUGUCGUUUAUCCAGUCUUCCACUCGUAGGGCUUACCAGCAGGUCUUGGAUGUGCUGGAUGAAAACCGCAGGCCAGUGUUACGUGGUGGGUCAGCUGCUACCACUUCCUCUAACCCUCAUCAUGACAACACCAGAUAUGGUCUUUCCACCUUGGAUACUACGCUUGAAGGAACACCAGAUGACAUGACAGUUGUAGAUGCUGCCUCCUUAAGAAGACAGAUAAUCAAACUUAAUCGCCGUCUACAGCUUCUGGAAGAAGAAAACAAAGAACGUGCUAAAAGGGAAAUGAUCAUGUAUUCAAUUACUGUAGCUUUCUGGCUACUCAACAGCUGGCUUUGGUUUCGGCGCUAGAUGCAGCUCUUGGAAGGAUUUAAUAGUUGAAAAUACAAACAAUUUGCAAAAUUCUUUGUUUCUGUUUCUGAAUUAUAUGCUGUUUUAUAAUUCAUACACUGGAAACUUCCACCACAGAUAAAGGCUAUAGAAUUGCAGUGUUAAAAGGACACCUGUUGUUCAGUUAUAAUGUAUUUAAUAAUUUGUAUUGCAAAUACUUGCAGUAUCCUCUUUUGCAUGCUUCGAUGUAAAUAUGGAUCGACUGAUACGAAGUUUGCUUCAUGUAAUGUAAAGACAGUGAUUACAGGAAUAACCACUGGAUGUUUUGUUGUGGUGGGAAGAGAACAAAUGGAAUGGGUUUGGAAAAAAUAUAAAAACAAAGGAAUAAAAAGUAGUUUUUAUUGUUCUGUUGUUAGAUGCAAUUAAACAUGAUUGCACUAGUUUUCCUUUAGUCUGAGUAGUUUGAAGUGUGCCAUAUUCAAGGAGUGUGUCCUGUCUCAUGAGUAUGUUCCUUGUUUAAGCACAUGUUCAGGUCAAAUAAUAAAACGUAUUCUUUGCUAACAUGCAGAUUGUUCA